UAAUUUUAGAAAAUACCCAGCGGAAGUCUCCAUCGAGCACUCGAGGCAAAAAUGGCUGACGACUUGCAGAUGGAUGAUUUGGAAGUGGUGGAUACAACUUCUCCAGAAGCUCCAGAUGAUGAGCAAGAGAAUGCAGCCGACGAGGAAUCAUUACUGGACCUAAUGUAUGGGGACAUGGAGGUGGUGGACCAGGUCACUGCUGAUCAGAUACAGGAGGAAGAUGUUCAGGAAAAUGAUUAUUUUCAAGAAGAUGAACUUGGUGAAGAGUUUAUUGAAAUUAAUGAGGAUAUGGUGGAACUUGACAAUAUUCAUUCCAAACAAGAACCUGAUUUAGAAGCACAUGUUGACACAGCUCCGUGUAAUGUUGAUGGUGGUGAUGGUGAGGAUGAAGAAGCAGAAGACAAAGCAGCAGACAAUCCUGGAAAUGAGGCAUCAACUCCCACUGAAGUAACUGCUAUUGAGGCACAAGCAGCUGAAAAACCUGUGCAAGAGACAGAGAUUCAGCAGGUUGAUAAGACUGAAAGCAUCGCUGAUGUAAAUACAGCUGAUACGUCAGAAGAUAUUGCAGAAGAAAGUGAUGUUCUGCAGGUAGAAGACCCUCAGAAUGAUUUGGACGCUGAUCUUCUGACCUCCCAGAAGGAGCAGGAGUCGCUGAGUAUGUCGGCAGAUCGGGAGGGAGAGAAGUGCUUGGAUAGCAGUGAGACGGGGGCCAUUGAUGGAGAUAAGAAACUGACAUUGGAACAAGAAAAUGAUGCUGUGAAAAGUGCUACAUCCGAGGAGAACAAUACUGUCACAUCCUCAAACAAAACCACCUCUUGUAACGAUAAAGAAGCAAAGAAAGAAGAUACCAACAAACCUCAGUCUGAAUCCAAGAGGUCGGUUCGCUCAAAGCAGUCAGAAAGCCAGACCAGCGGAAAAGUUGAGAGCACCAGUCGCAAUCUAUGGGUGAGUGGACUACCAUCCACUACAAAGGCGGCUGACCUAAAGACAUUAUUCAGUAAACAUGGAAAGGUGAUGGUAACCAAAGUUCUGGCUAGUUCUAAAGUCUGUGGUGCCAAGUGUUAUGGUUUUGUGACCAUGUCAACAUCAAAGGAAGCCACCGACAGUGUGCAGCACCUGAACGGAACAAAGAUGCAAGGCAAACAUGUUAUACAAGUGACCAAGAAAGAACCAAAAAAGAACACUGCAAAAAAGCCUGAUGAGAAAACUGCAGAUAAAAAGUCUGAAAGUGGAGAUAAGAAAGACCAGGAUAGAAACAAGAGAAAGAUAACAGAACGGAGAUCUUACCGACCCCGAUCAACCCAGGACAGCAGCAGUCGUAGAGAUUCAGGUGACAGGAACAGGUCUCGUGGUAACACAAACAGAGACUCCAGAUCCAGUAAUCAUCGUGUGUCAUCCAGUAGUAGGUCACACGCAUAUCAUCAUAGCAGUGUACGUUCCAGCCACCAGAGUCGUUCCUCCUUCUCCGCAAGGUCAAGGACAUCCUCCCACAGAUCCUCUGGUUCUCACACUGCUUCUAAGGACAACAGGCAGUCCAGCUCACAUGACAAGACACACAAGUCACCAGCAAAGAAGGAAAGUGACAAGAAAGCUUCUAGUACUAAGCCUGAGAAGAAAGAGAAGCCUGAGGCAUCCAGUACCGCUGAGAAGCCAGAGGGAGCUGAACCUGUAGAUGACUCCAAAGGGGAUGGUAAUGAAGCUGAUGGGAAAGAGGCUGAGGAAAAAAAUGUUCUGGAUGCAGUAGGAGAAGAUACUGAGAAGACAACUGGAGAUGAAACUGCUACCUCGGAGACUAAAGGCUCUGAGAAGGAAAUUGUACCCUUCGAUCAAAUGAAGGAAGAAAAGAUGAAAGAAUGGGAAAAACUGAAGAAGAGAAAGUCAUUACAAGAAGAUCUGAAGAGGAAGGAGAUAUUGCAAGAAAAGAAACGCCAAAAAGAUAUCCAUAUAAGACAAAGGAUGGAGUCGUUGAAGCUAAGCAGGGAACGGGAUAAACUUAGGCGAGAGAGGCAGAGAUUAGAAAGAGAAAGAAUUGCUGCUCAGAGACGAGAAUUUUUGCGAUUAGAACAGUUGGAGAGAGACAAGCUGGACAGGGAGAGGACAGAAAGACUACGGCUAGAACGCCUUAGGUUGGAAGAAGAAAGGGACAGAAGAGCAUUGAAGCGGAUGUUUGAACGAUCUAUUGAAGAUGAAUGGUUGGACAACAAAAGAUCUUUGAUGUCAGAUUCUUUUCAAAGAGAUCGCUACAGAGAGAUGGACUCCCGAGACCUACGCCCCACCCGAUACGAUGACACAAGACUUGAUAGGGAUGCCUUUGACAACAGGAGGGCGGAGAGAUACAACAGAAAGGACUUGGGCAGGUCAGACAUCCGGGACAGGGAAGUUUCCCGCUCUUCCCUUAGAGAUGAUAGAAAUGAAGAUAGAUUUGAUAGAUUCAGUGAUCGAAAUAGAGAAGCUGUACGAGCACGGGAUGGUGAUGUAGGCCGAUAUAGGGACGGGGAGAGAGGCCGGGACAUUGACAGACGACCUCAAAGGAAUACUUUUGACAGCAGAGGUGAAAGGAAAAUGGACAGAGGUGUAGUACCGGCCUCUCGCAAUGCCGCCCACCAAUCUAGUCACUGGGGAAGUGGGUCACAGUCUGCGUCAGGACUUUCCUCCAACAUGGGAGCUAGUACGUAUAUGACCAGUAUGCAGCAGCCGGGUAUGGUGAUGGGUGGCCAGCGAAUACUGACAGGACAGCAUGCAACUGUGCCCAUGAACACUCACAUAGGAAUGAAUCACAAUACUAGACGAUACUAGCAUCUAAAUCAUGUCGCAACAACCUCUAAAACUGUUGUUAUGUUAGUGUUGUGUACUUAUUUUCCGUACUUAACUUCAAAUGAUGAACUUGUAUUGUAAGCAAAAUAGCUCGGAUCAUGGACAAAACAGUAUGUGUUUCACUGAUUUGAUGGGCAAUUAGAUAUUGUUAUAUCUCCUUUGAAAGGUUCAUCUUAUUCUAAGGUGUCUGGCAUUCAUUUUGUUGAUAUUAUAACUGGAGAGAUUUUUGGGUUGUACAUGUAUUCCAGGGGGUUCUUGCCACAAACAUCAACAUUUUUACUACAAAUGUAUUUUUACAUUUCAACAAACAUUAUUUGCCUCUUUCCUUCAGCUGAAUAAAAGUGUACCCUAUACUCAGAAAUCAAUUAUGUACCUCCUUCUGUUUUUCAGUAGAAAUAGUGUACCAUCCUCAGACACAAUUUCUUCUUUGCUCUCUAUUAUUAGAGCUUGAAGUAGUUUAGGAAAAUGCCCUCUUACCCUCUCUUUUUGGUGCUUACUUGAAGAAGUACUCCUUAUACAGAAAACAGGUUUUCACCUUGUUGUGUUGUUGGGUAAAAUGUUUGCCUCACUAAUACUAAGUGCACAUCUUCAGAAUAAACAGUUUCCCCAUUCUUUGCUGGGUGCUAACUUUAAAUAGUAUGUAUAACUCAGAAGAACAAAUCUUUGCCUCACUCUGCUUGGUACAACUCAUAACACAUCUCUUUUGACUGCUAUGGUUGGAAACAAUUACUAAUUCAAAUAUGAUUUAUUUAAAAGGCCAAGAACUUGUAUUAUAAAAAUUAACGUAAAUGUCAAAAAAGGGAAAAAGUAGUAAAAAAUGCAUUUAGAGGCGCAGAAUAUACUACAGAGACUUGUUUUGAAAAAUUGUGUUUUAUCAUCAAACACCGUGUUUUAUAGCAUACACAAUUAUUACACCUAAUUAAUUUAUGUGGCUUGUUAGUGAAUUGUUAAAUUGUUUAUAACAUCAAAUGAACCAGUAAGUACUUGUAUGCGAGACAGAAGUAAAUAUGAGUGUAGAAUUAGUGAGAAUGAAGUAAAUAUGAGUGUAGAAUUAGUGAGAAUGAAGUAAAUCUGAGUGUAGAAUUAGUGAGAAUGGGAAUCUGAAUAAGAUGUGAUGAAAAUGAAGCCAGUAUAUUCUCUGCAUACUUUUCCUAGUUAUAGAUGGCAUAUAGUCGUUAUUCAACGAUUUAUUUAUUUAAAUUGAAAUGGGGGGGGGGGGGGGAUUGUUUUUUUUUUUGUAAAAAUACAUUGUAUCGCAUUUAAUUUUAAUAAAGGGAAAUACGAUUUGUUAAUUGCACCUGAUCUUUUAAACAUUAGUUGGAAGUACAGCAAUAGUAAUUACAAUGCCAGUUAAAUAGAUUUCAUAUUUAUAUUUAUAUUCAUAUUUAAAUUAAUUGACAAAAAGUGAGUUUUAUAUCAUUUGUGUUCUAUUUAACUGGUAUUGUUAAUUGAAUUUGUUGCUUGAGUUGUAGUUUCACGGUCAAAUAUAAAAACAAUUUUAAAUCUGUAUCCUUAAACUGCCAUGAUUGAUAGAUUGAGCACUGUAUACAGAUGUGGUGCUGAAAUACUGAAAGAGAAAGUGUUUAUACUUGUAAACUGUUUUAUGUAGUCAUUUAUUAGACAUGUUGUGUGAGAGUGGCUUUUACCAUUGUGUAUAUUAACAUGUCAUGACUUUGAUAAACUGUAAACUGAUUCAUAAUUCUUAUGACUACAGUACAUGUGUUGUGUUGAAUCUCAGAAGUUAUCAUGAAAUUCAUAAUAUGAUUCUAAAGUCCUAUCAGCAUCUACCCCUUAGUACUGGUGAACAUCGUGUAUUGAGUCUUGUAAUACAUUGUAUAUGAGAGCUUUUAUGAAACACAGUGAUAGUACUUAAACAUACAGACUUUAGCAGUACUCUAAUUCUAGCUCUUUUCAAAUUUUAAACAUCGUGCUAAUGCGUCAUGAUUGCACUAUUUUGAUGGUUUCGAAUAUAAGUUUUCUACAGCAGCAUGAACUUGCUAAUAUGUUAUCAUUCGACAAUGUGCUAAAAUUUGUGUCUGCUAAAAUAAGUACUCUUACAGUAAAUGAAAAUCUUUCGCAACAAAACUGUGUUUUUGAUUUUGUCAACUUUAAACCAUAUUGUAGUACAUGUGUAUAUAUCACAUAUUCCCAAGUGGACAUGGAUUUCUGUGUAGGCACUUUAGUUUCCUUGGUUCUUCAGAUAUGAAUAGAUUGAUCAUCGAAUGGGAUUUGAAUAUCCUAAGAUUACUUUAUGAAAGAUGGAUAUUUCCUUUAAAUAAUUUAGAGGGUUUAUAUAACAGUAUUAUUUAAGAACAGUAGAUGCAUGAAGGACAUCCAAUCAUGAUGACGAUACUGAAGUUGUAGAAGGAUUCCUUUUUAUAAAACAUUAUUUCGUACCAUUUCAAAUUUUGUGUACAUAAUCAAUAGGGUGUAUAUAACGCAAAUUGGUGUGAAUUAAACUGAAUAAAAUGGACCCGAUAACCA